UCCUUGAACCGACAUUUUUUAAUCGAUAUCAGCUUUCCAAGUCCUUAAUCGUCCUAUAUAUAAUUAAACGCUAAAUUUUUUUACGUUCUAAUGGCAACUUCAACAGAUUUCACAGACGUUGAUGGGUGGAUUCAACAUCUUAUGCAAUGUAAACAGUUACAAGAAGCUGAUGUAAAGAGAUUGUGCGAUAAGGCUCGGGAAAUUCUUAUGGAAGAAUCAAAUGUUCAACCCGUAAGAUGCCCUGUUACAGUUUGCGGAGAUAUUCAUGGUCAAUUUCAUGAUCUUAUGGAACUUUUCCGUAUUGGCGGUAAUUCACCGGAUACCAACUACCUCUUUAUGGGAGAUUAUGUUGACCGUGGAUAUUAUUCCGUUGAAACUGUGACCUUACUCGUUGCACUCAAAGUCAGAUAUAGAGAUAGAGUUACAAUUCUCCGGGGAAAUCAUGAAUCUAGACAAAUUACCCAAGUAUACGGGUUUUACGAUGAAUGCCUAAGAAAAUACGGAAAUGCGAAUGUAUGGAAAUUUUUCACCGAUUUGUUUGACUAUUUACCACUGACAGCAUUAAUUGAUGAUCAGAUCUUCUGUCUUCAUGGUGGUUUGUCUCCAUCGAUUGAUACGCUGGACCACAUUAGAUCCCUGGAUAGAAUUCAGGAGGUACCUCAUGAAGGACCUAUGUGCGAUUUGCUGUGGUCCGAUCCAGAUGAUCGAUGUGGUUGGGGAAUUUCACCUAGAGGUGCUGGAUAUACGUUUGGACAAGAUAUAUCGGAAGCAUUUAAUCACAACAAUGGGCUAACAUUAAUUGCUAGGGCUCAUCAAUUAGUCAUGGAGGGAUAUAAUUGGUCGCAAGAUAGAAAUGUUGUUACAAUCUUCAGUGCUCCAAAUUACUGCUAUCGUUGUGGUAAUCAAGCUGCCAUUAUGGAAAUAGAUGAACAUUUGAAAUAUACAUUCUUGCAGUUUGAUCCUGCACCCAGAAGGGGCGAGCCUCAUGUUACUCGUCGAACACCUGAUUAUUUCUUGUAAACUUCAUAUUUUUCAAAAAAAAAAAAAUUUUUAAAAAAAAGUAUAUACAUAUUCAAUAUCGUUGAUCGAUUUGUGCUGAUUCUCUAAUUGUGAAAAUCAAAUAUAGGAUACGUAUAGUCUAGCACAUGAUUGUUCAAUUGACUAACAAACAAUUAUUUAUACUAAACUUGUUUAAAUUUUUUCUUGAUGAUUGUAUAAAGCAUUUUGAUGGGACAGUUUUACAAAAUUUAUUUAUACAUGUAAAUUUUGUUUAUUUGCAUAUUUCUUAAUUUUCACUUUCAUUUAAUUAGCAGUUAGAGUAUUUAUUAAUCUUGCCAAGACAUAUUAAAUAUGUUGUAUCAUUAUAUGCUA